AAAGAAAAGUAACGUUUAAAUCUCAGAAUAUAUUCUGUUUUUUUUGUAAAGAAGAAUUUCAUCCUCAAUGUCCAUGUGAUUUAGUAUAGAGAUGAUUACAGGAAAUAAAAAAGAUGAGCCAAAAUAAAAUGAAUAGAAAUAAACACAAAAUAAUGUCCAUUUUGUUAAAAGCCAGUAGAGAGAGCAGAUGGAUGUAAUUACAUGCUGGGUAAAUCUCCAGGGAUUGUGGUUAAGCUUUUUGCUAUGUUUGUUCAUAACUUUGGGAACCUCUUCAUAAUGAUCAUUUUGAAUGCAACAAUUACAUUCCUCAAAAUACCAAUUUAGAAGAAGAAAAAGAGUUUAUCUUAUGAUAGAUUCUUAAAUUCAUAAGCUGCCAAAGUAAAAGCUACAAUAGAUUAAUUCAAAUUAAGGAAAAAUAUAUCCCAGAAAUGUUUGAGUAUUAUUAAUUCACUGAAUAAGAUUGUUAAUUCUUAGAAGAAAUAAUGAAAGGAUUAAUUCAAUCUAGAGUUGUAUUAAAAUGGUAAUUUCUUAUUAAUAUUUAGGCCAUAUUGAUAUGGUUACUACAUACCUUAUGUAAACAAAUCGUAAGCUUAAAUAUUUAAUCAUAAUUAAGAAUAAUUUGAACAUUCUUUAGAACUUUUAGCAAUCUCUUUGAUGAAAUUAUUAGAGGAAAUAGAUAUAUAAAAGGAAUGAUAACGACUUGAUAGGCCAA